AUGGCCACCAUCCAGUCAGAGACUGACUGUUACGACAUCAUCGAGGUGCUGGGCAAGGGCACCUUCGGGGAGGUGGCCAAGGGCUGGCGGCGAAGCACGGGCGAGAUGGUGGCCAUCAAGAUCCUCAAGAACGACGCCUACCGCAACCGCAUCAUCAAGAACGAGCUGAAGCUGCUGCGCUGCAUGCGGGGCCUGGACCCCGAGGAGGCCCACGUCAUCCGCUUCCUCGAGUUCUUCCACGACGCCCUCAAGUUCUACCUGGUGUUCGAGCUGCUGGAGCAAAACCUUUUUGAAUUUCAGAAGGAGAACAACUUUGCGCCUCUCCCUGCCCGGCACAUCCGCACGGUCACCCUGCAGGUGCUCAGAGCCCUGGCCCGGCUCAAGGAACUGGCCAUCAUCCACGCCGACCUCAAGCCCGAGAACAUCAUGCUGGUCGACCAGACCCGCUGCCCCUUCAGGGUCAAGGUGAUCGACUUUGGCUCCGCCAGCAUUUUCAGCGAAGUGCGCUACGUGAAGGAGCCGUACAUCCAGUCGCGCUUCUAUCGGGCCCCCGAGAUUCUGCUGGGGCUGCCCUUUUGUGAGAAAGUGGACGUGUGGUCAUUGGGUUGUGUCAUGGCCGAGCUGCACCUGGGCUGGCCGCUCUACCCUGGCAACAACGAGUAUGACCAGGUGCGCUACAUCUGUGAGACCCAGGGCCUGCCCAAGCCCCACCUGCUGCACGCCGCCCGCAAGGCCCACCACUUCUUCAAGCGCAACCUCCACCCUGAUGCCACCAACCCCUGGCAGCUCAAGUCUUCGGCUGACUAUCUGGCUGAGACCAAGGUACGCCCGCUGGAGCGCCGCAAGUACAUGCUCAAGUCACUGGACCAGAUUGAGACGGUGAAUGGCAGCGGGGCAGCUGGGCGGCUAACCUUCCAGGAUCGGGAGGCGCUGGCCGAGCACGCUGACCUCAAGAGCAUGGUGGAGCUGAUAAAGCGCAUGCUGACCUGGGAGUCGCACGAACGCAUCAGCCCCAGUGCCGCCCUGCGCCACCCCUUCGUGUCCAUGCAGCAGCUGCGCAGUGCCCAUGAGACCACCCGCUACUACCAGCUGUCGCUGCGCAGCUGCCGCCUCUCGCUGCAGGUGGAGGGCAAGCCCCCCACGCCUGUGGUGGCUGCUUCGGAGGAGGGGCCCCCCUACUACCGCCUGGCCGAGGAGGAGGAGGCCGUGGGUCUCGGCAGCGUGGCGGGCAGUGGGCCCUUCUUCCGCGAGGAGAAGGCGCCGGGCAUGCAAAGGGCCAUUGACCAGCUGGAUGACCUGAGCCUGCAGGAGGCGGGCCAUGGGCUGUGGGGCGAGACCCCCAGUGCGCUGGCCCCACUCAAGGCAGCUGUGGCUGGCCUCCGGGUGCCCGACCCGGGCCCCGAGCCCAUCCUGGCCUUCUACGGCAGCCGGCUAGUGGGCCGCCACAAGGCCCGCAAGCCGCCCACCGGCUCCAAGUCCGACUCCAACUUCAGCAACCUCAUCCGGCUGAGCCAGGCCUCGCCCGAGGAGGAGGGGCCCUGCCGGGGCAGCGGCUGGGCAGAGGGGGAGCACCGCGGGGCCUCCGCAAAGCCGCCCACCAUCCCGAAGCGGGACGGGGACGGGCCGGACGUCAAGGACAUGACGAUGGAUGCUGAGAGGCCGAGCCCUGAGCUCUUCGACCCCAGCACCUGUCCUGGAGAAUGGCUUAGUGAGCCAGACUGGGCCCUGGAGGGCAUCAGGGGCCCACGGGCUCAGGGGCUCCCACACCGCCAUACCCACCCACAUGGUCCACCCCGGACCACCAGCUUUCUGCAGCAUGUCGGCGGGCAGCACUGAUGGUGACCCCACCUCUACCCAUCACUGGUGGCUGAGCUAGCUGGGCUGGCAUCCCUUCCUCAGAGCCAUCCCCUGAACCCACACAUUCUUACAGAAAGUUAUCCAGAAAUUCCCAUUCCCCCACCCACAGUGCAUGCCUGCACAUACCCCCAAACACAGGAGGGCCUUGGUGUCUGGCCUGUGACCACCUCGAUCAGAGGGGCACAGAGAGGUGGCUGCACCCUGUUGGCCCUGAGCACGUU